AUGGCAAAAGAAUGGACUAAUUGCCAAAUAGACAGUGGUGAUAAUCCCAAAAAAAUAACUCGGCUAGCUAUCUUAAGAAAUAAAAUUAAAAAACAUAGUUCUUCUAAGGCACAUACAACUGCUUUUAAUGUUGCAACUGAAAAAGAAACAAAUUCACUUAUAAAAAACUUUGAAGAUACUGAAAACAAAAUAAAUAAAUCAACUCAUUUAGUUUUUCGUACUGCAUACUAUAUUGCCAAGUAUAAUCGUCCAUUUGAUGAUCACAUUAAACUUAUAGAACUUCAAAAACUCAAUGGUCUAAAAGUUGGAAAUACAUUACACUCGAGAUUAUCAUCUACUAAUAUAAUUGACCACAUAUCAUCUAUGAUGAAAAGAAAAAUUGUUUCUAACAUACUUGAAACUGAAGCAAAAUUAUCAGUUUUAAUUGAUGAAUCUACCACUAUAAGUACUUUGAGUGGAAUGGUGGUAUAUAUACGAGCAGCUAUUUCUUGUGAAGACCCCAUUUUCAUAUUUUUAGACUUAGUUGAAUUAUCAAAUCAAACGGCUGAAAAUAUAGUUCAACAACUAAUUAAAUGCUUACAUCAUGCUGGAUUUAAUGAUCAGUAUUUGCGAGAAAAUUGGGUUUCUUUUGUGAGCGAUGGAGCGAGUGUGCUAUUAGGUAAAAGAAAUGGCGUGGCAAAAAGACUUAAAGAUCUCUAUCCUCUAAUUUUCAGUUGGCACUGCCUAAACCAUCGUUUAGAACUGGCAGUUCAUGACUCAAUAAAAGACAUAGGUGCUUUAAACCACUUUAAAUCUUUCAUUGAUUCUUUAUACGUCUUAUACAACGCUUCUCCUAAGAAUCAAAAUGAACUCAGAAAUGUGUGUAAUGAAUUAGAUAUUUUAUUUUUGAAACUGGGUAGAGUUCUUGAUGUCCGUUGGGUGGCCAGUAGCUGGAGGGCCAUUAAUGCUGUAUGGAAAACAUUUCCAGCUUUGUGUAAUCAUUUUUGUAAUGCUGCAAAUGAUUCAACUAAAGAUUCUAAAACUAGAAACAAAUAUCUUGGCCUAAAAAAAAGAUUGGCAAGUCCAGAAUUUGUAUCAGACCUGGGUUUGAUGUGUGAUUGUCUACAAGAACUAUCUAUACUAUCUAAUCAAUUACAAGAGCGUACAACUACACUUAUUCAAGGUCAAAAGCACAUUCAAAGAACGAUUAGGAUUAUAGAAUCAUUUAAAGUUACUCCGGGAGAACAUAUGUCUGAAGUUUCUAAACUUAAAGAAGUUAUGGUAUUUAAAAAUAUUCAACUUUCAACUAACACUAAAUUAAUUACUAUUAAUCCAAAACAGUUUAUUUCAAGCAUUACCAAUAAUCUUAAACAUAGAUUACUUGAAAAUAGCAAUGAAGAGACUAUUAUUCAGGAUUUGUUGAUUAUGGAUAUUAGCAUCUGGCCAGAAAAUACUAAUAUUAGGCACGGGGAAAAUGAAAUGAAGCGUAUAUGUAAACGUUUUUUACUUAAUGAACAAAAUGCUAUCAAUGGUCUUCGACAACUAACUGAAGAUAAUACACUUUUGCCAAAAAAAGUCAUGCCUGAAGUCUAUAAUUUGUGUAAAACAUUUCCAAUAUCAACAGCUGAGUGUGAAAGGGGGUUUAGUUUAAUGAACAAUAUUUGCACAAAGCUUAGAGCUAGACUAACAAUAGUAAACAUAGCUAAUUUAAUGUUUAUUAAUAUAAAUGGCCCUCCAUUGGACAACUGGAACCCUGAAUAUUAUGUUAAAACAUGGCUGGUUCAUCAUAGAACAGCUGAAGAUUCAAGAACCAAACCAAAUCAGCCAAACAAACAUAAAGUCCAAGAAGAAAAAAUAAGUUUGUGGAAAAUAUUAUAG